CGCAUUCUUCUUUUCCCUUUUUUGAUGAAAUGCUCUGCUAGUCCUUUAGUUGUUUGUAGUUUUUUUUUUCGAUUUUUAGUGCUUUUAUCUGUUGAUUUCGUGUUUUUAUUUGGGGCUUUGCCUAACGGUGUUGAGUACAGAACUGAAAGCUACUCCUGAUAUAUUGGUUUGGUUGUGAAAGGAAUAUGGAUGCAGAUUUGGGUCUGGGUUUUCGUACUUGUAGUGGAUUUCUAAGGAUUUAUGUUUCUUUAUAGUGCUUUACUGUGGUGAAGUGAACCAUGGAUUUUUCUGAUUAAUUACGCUUUUUAUUUGCCGAUUUUCUUCAUGAAUUUUUGCUUUAGGAAUUGUUGCUUAUAAAUAGUUUUGUAUAUUAUAAUCGAAAUCCAUGCAAUAGUAGGAGCGAGCUCUUGUGAGAGAAGAAUUGCCGCACCAGUUGCAUUAUUCAUCUUUGUGCAUGGGAUGAAGUAUGUAAUAUUUGUGAAUUUAUCUUCUGUGAUGUAUAAAGUUGAUGAUGAUAAUCUUCUUGAUUAAGGGUGGUUUUGGUUUUGAUUUAUGUUGCUUCUCCUUUUUCUUUCAUUUUCAAAGAAAUUUGUAAUUCAUGCAUUAUUAGACAGUUGGUUCAAGUACCUAGAGUAAUCAUUCUGCUGGUCAAAUUUUUUUUGAAUAAUUCAAGCUUUAUCGAUAAUUCUUCAGGGUCUAGGCCCGUGACACCCUUUCCUUGUCAAGCAUAUGGAUUCUAUAAAUCAAACUUGGGUUUUGUUUCGAGUUUUUGUGGCUUUUUUGGUAGAACUUUUCCAGUAGGCUAGGUUGGCACCUUCACUCAAAUCCAGACCAUGCCAUCUCCUAUGUAGAAUUGCGCGUAUUGAAUGGUAUGGGUGGAGAGACUGAAUGCAUCACUUAUAGUUAUCUGUCUAAUUAUUCUUUCUCAUGUCAAUGCUGCUGCUCAUCUACAUUGAGUUGUUGGUGUAGCAAUAAACAUGUGAAAAAAAUGGUGGAGUAUGCAUCCUAUCUCUGUCCAUGAAACAACAAGGUCUUUAUUAUUUUUGGUUGGUAGAGCCAUGAGUUCAUGUGCCUAGUAUCUUUAACCUCGGAGUGGCAAUGGUACCCAGCUCAUUUUGUGGAGGCAAGUCCAACCCAAUAAUAUGAACUUUUAGAAAAUUACACCUGAUUGGCUGUUUAAGUGGAUUUAGAAUUGCCAAACCUGAACCCAAAAUAUUAACAGAACGAAGUCUAGAUAUUAGAUAAACCAAAACCUAGAAAACCCUCCAUUCAAAUUCCAAACCAAGGACCCGCCCGAUCUCUAAGCUGAGGGAACCCUGGCCUUUUUACCUUCCCUAACCAUGUCAUUAUCCCGGAACUUCUACUCUUUCGAGUGUCAGAAGCCCUAGCUUGAAGUACCGUGCUCCUCAAAGCUCUACAUUUCCCUAUCUUCCUUUUUAACUUUUAAUGAAACUAUGUUUUUUAUGCAGUAAAUAAUUUGUUUUGGGCCCAUAUCCCUUCUACUAAACUAUGGUCUUUUUUUCCCUUUUCUAGGGGAGGUAAAGGAUCAAUUUUGCUCUUCUUUUGGGUAAAGUAUGGGUUUUGCUCUUGAAUUGGUAUAUUUUGAUGGCAAAAAUACUGUGAUUUUAGAUUUUAUUUUAAUUUUUUAAUUAACUUCCUGGUUUUGGAGAAGGUAACAUGGUUAGAUUGUUGUUUUGGGGUAUUUGGCGAUCUGAAGUUAAGAUUUGAAUAACCAUUUCUUUUGUUUCUUUUUUUCUUUUGAUGUUCAGUUCUAUGACUUGAAAGGUGCUGUUUCUUGAUGACCAUUGUUGCAUUAGUUUUUGCCUCAUGGUAAUUAGUUGAAUCCAAUUAUCAUUUCUUUCCUUCUAAUAGUUAAAUCUGGAAUCUUGGCAACAGCUCCCAGUGCAGUCAUUUGGCAUGAAUUCAAAAGGAAUUGCAGUCUUUUAGAGGUUCUUCUCAGUUUGAUUGACCUUCAAAAAUGAAGAUAAAACAAGCCAAUGCAGGGGCGCUUACAAAUUUUGAAGUCCUUGACUUCUUACGGUCGAGAGGGGCGACAAGUGAUCCUAUGGGAUGCCUUGGUUCCGUUGCACCAUCAGAGUGCAAGGUUUUUGACUACCUUUUCCACAGUGCUGCUUGCAAUCAGACAAGAGAUGCAGUUAAUGAAUUUCUGAAAAGAUGUGAAAAGUUCAGGCUUGCAAAAGCUGAAAAGCUAAACAUUAUCAAUUUAAGACCGUCCGGCCAAGCUGAAAUCUAUCCGAAGGAUAUCCAUGUCCUGUCCAUGAAGUCCUUUCAGAAUCAACACAGAAAUGGUCUCAGUAAGCUUGUCAUUCGAAGGCCAGUAAGGGACUGUCAACCUGGUGUUCUGAAGAUUAUAGAGCACUGCGAUAAGCGUCUCACAAGAGAUGAGGCUAAAGGCAUAGACCAAGUUCAAGAGUUGGUGGAUUUGGUGGUUGAGGUUUUGCCUCCAAAACCUGAGGAGAUAGUGGAUGACCAAGAAAUGCCCAACGAGACAACACUGGAACAGAAUUGAAGCUUCCAUCAAAACUUAAAAGCAAAUUGCAUUUUGGGGUCCCAAAGGCCAUGUCUUUGUGUGCUGAGGACAAACUCUCAGACCCUCGGUGGCUCUACACUUCUCAUAUGAGGCAGCAUAGAAAUGAUGGUUGUUCUCAUUAGGGUGACAAUUAGGGAAUGCUGGGCUGUAAUUAACUUUGUGAAAUAAUAGCGAUGCCUAAAUGGAUAUUAUAUUUCUAAAGUCUAUCCUAGAGAGGUAUUCAAUUUCUAAAGGUUUAUGUAGCGUUUGUUAGUCGAUUCAACCGGAGAUUACCCAUAAAACCAAUGUAAUGCUCAUGUUAAACCUUCUGCAGUGGCCUAAACCGCUCGCGGUAAUGGAAGGUAUUCAAUUGCUCAAUCA